GAGCGCCCGGGCCCCGGGCCCCUCAAGGACGCCGGCCCCGGCGAGCAUCCCCGGCUCGUGCAGGUGGCGGAGGAAGAGGAGCUGCUGCGGGAGAUGGAGGAGCUGCGCUCGGAGAACGACUAUCUCAAGGAUGAGUUAGAUGAACUCCGUGCUGAGAUGGAAGAGAUGAGAGACAGUUACUUAGAGGAAGAUGUUUACCAGCUGCAGGAACUUCGGCGGGAGCUGGACCGCGCUAAUAAAAACUGCCGAAUCCUGCAGUACCGUCUCCGGAAAGCUGAGCAGAAAAGCCUGAAAGUGGCUGAGACGGGUCAGGUGGACGGUGAGCUGAUCCGGAGCCUGGAACAGGACUUGAAGGUAGCCAAAGAUGUAUCUGUCAGAUUGCACCAUGAACUUGAGACGGUGGAGGAAAAGCGCGCUAAAGCUGAAGAUGAAAACGAAACUCUCCGACAGCAGAUGAUCGAAGUGGAAAUAUCCAAACAGACCCUCCAGAAUGAGCUGGAGAGACUGAAGGAGAGUUCUCUAAAGAGAAGAGGCAGUCGGGAAAUGUACAAAGAGAAGAAAACCUUUAACCAGGAUGACAGUGCCGACUUGAAGUGCCAGCUCCAGUUUGCCAAAGAGGAAGCCUCCCUGAUGCGCAAGAAGAUGGCCAAACUUGGAAGGGAGAAAGACGAGCUGGAGCAGGAGCUCCAGAAGUAUAAGUCCCUCUAUGGGGACGUGGACAGCCCCCUGCCCAUGGGGGAAGCAGGCGGGCCUCCCAGCACCCGGGAGGCAGAGCUGAAGCUGCGGCUAAAGCUGGUGGAGGAGGAAGCCAACAUCUUGGGCCGGAAGAUUGUGGAGCUGGAGGUGGAGAACCGCGGUCUCAAGGCGGAGAUGGAGGACAUGCGGGGCCAACUCGAGCGAGAGGGGCCGGGUCGGGACCACACACCCAGUAUUCCUACCUCACCCUUUGGUGACUCUCUGGAGUCCUCCCUGGAGCUGCGCCGCCACCUGCAGUUUGUGGAAGAGGAAGCGGAGCUGCUCCGGAGGUCCAUCUCCGAGAUUGAAGACCACAACCGGCAGCUGACACACGAGCUGAGCAAGUUCAAGUUUGAGCCUCACCAGGAGCCGGGGUGGCUUGGGGAUGGGGCCCCCCUGCAGGAGGAGCUCAAGUCGGCCAGGUUGCAGAUCAGCGAGCUGAGCGGGAAGGUCCUGAAGCUGCAGCACGAGAACCGGAUGCUGCUGUCCAAUGUCCAGCGCUGCGACCUGGCCGCUCACCUGGGGCUGCACGCACCAAGUCCCCGGGACAGCGACGCCGAGAGUGAUGUGGGCAAGAAGGAGAGUGACGGGGAGGAGGGCCGCCUGUCCCAGCCCAAGCGGGAAGGGCCUGUCGGCGGGGAGAGUGACUCGGAGGAGAUGUUUGAGAAGACGUCGGGCUUCGGGAGCGGAAAGCCAUCAGAGGCCAGCGAGCCAUGCCCCACGGAGCUCCUGAGGGCACGGGAGGACUCCGAGUGCCUGGUGACCAUAAAGCAUGAGGCCCAGCGGCUCGAGCGGACCAUGGAGCGCCUUAUCAUGGACACUGAUGGUUUCCUCCUUGAUUCGGGGCUGCAGGGCAGCGGAGCGGCCUCCCCGGGGCCUGGAGUCCAGGGCGAGGGGGAGCUGAGUGAGGGAGGCCAGCACGACCCCCACCUGCUGGGGACCAUCAACGCCAAGAUGAAGGCUUUCAGGAAAGAGCUGCAGGCCUUCCUGGAGCAGGUGAACCGGAUUGGGGAUGGCUUGUCUCCCUUGCCCCACCUCACAGAGUCUUCCAGCUUCCUCUCCACCGUGACCUCCGUGUCCCGGGACUCCCCCAUCGGGAACCUGGGGAAGGAGCUGGGCCCGGACUUGCAGUCCAAACUGAGAGAGCAGCUGGAGUGGCAGCUUGGUCCAACCCGAGGGGAUGAGCGGGAGAGCCUGCGCCUGCGAGCCACACGGGAGCUGCACCGCUGCGCCGAUGGGGACGCCGGGAGCCAUGGACCCGGAGGCCAGAGCUGCUUUAACUUGGAGAUGGAAGAGGAGCACCUCUAUGCCUUGAGGUGGAAAGAACUGGAAAUGCACAGCCUUGCUUUGCAAAACACCCUCCACGAGCGAACCUGGAGUGAUGAGAAGAAUCUGAUGCAGCAGGAGCUCCGGUCCUUGAAGCAGAACAUUUUCCUCUUCUACGUUAAACUCAGGUGGCUGCUGAAACACUGGCGGCAAGGGAAACAGAUGGAGGAGGAAGGAGAGGAUUUUGCCGAGGGUGAGCAUCCAGAACCCCUCCCUGGGCUUGGUGAGCUCAGAGUCCAGGCGUGUCAGCAGACAGAUGGCCCAGCCCGAGAUGACAGCGAUCGAGGCUUUCUUUUGGGGGAGCAUUCCCCACACCCCCCACUGCAGAUUGGAGAUCAUGGCUCACGGCUGCAGACUGCAGACAGGGGACAGCUCCACAGGCAGGUGGUGGAAAAUCAGCAGCUGUUUGGUGCUCUCAAGGCCUUGCUGGAGGACUUCCGCUUAGAAUUGCGGGAAGACGAGCGUGCCCGGUUGCAUCUGCAGCAGCAAUAUGCCAGCGACAAGGCGGCCUGGGAUGUGGAGUGGGCUGUGCUCAAGUGCCGCCUGGAACAGCUGGAAGAGAAGACUGAGAACAACUUGGGAGAACUAGGCUCCUCUGCUGAGAGCAAAGGGGCCCUGAAGAAGGAGAGAGAGGUGCACCAGAAGCUCCUGGCUGACAGUCACAGCCUGGUCAUGGACCUGCGCUGGCAGAUCCAUCACAGUGAGAAGAACUGGAACCGGGAGAAGGUGGAACUUCUCGACCGCCUGGACAGAGAUAGGCAGGAGUGGGAGCGGCAGAAGAAGGAACUCUUACGGAGGAUAGAGCAGUUGCAGAAAGAGAACAGUCCCCAGAGAGGUGGGAAUUUCCUCUGUGAUCCGAAAGACGGCAACGUUCGCGCCUUUCCCCACCAGGGAAGCCUUCACAUGCCCCGUCCCGUGGCAGUGUGGCCCUGCGCAGACACUGACUCCAUCCCAUUUGAAGACCGGCCAUUGUCCAAGCUAAAGGAGUCAGACAGGUGCUCGGCCAGUGAGAACCUCUACUUGGACGCCUUGUCCCUGGACGAUGAGCCAGAGGAGCAGCCGCCCCGCAGACCCGAGAGGGAGUUCAGGAACUGCCUCCCUGAGGAAGAAGAAAAUCACAAGGGAAAUCUUCAAAGGGCAGUAUCUGUGUCCUCCAUGUCUGAGUUCCAGCGCCUGAUGGAUGUCUCCCCUUUCCUGCCUGAGAAGGGCCUGCCAUCUACCAGCGGCAAGGAGGAUGUCACCCCACCCCUGUCUCCGGAUGACCUCAAGUACAUCGAAGAGUUCAACAGCAAGAGCUGGGACUACACGCCCCCUAGGGGCCAUGGCGUUGCUGGGACUGAGAGGCCCUCAGACCUCUGGGCAGAUAGGACCGAGGUGGGGCGGGCAGGGCAUGAGGCCACUGUGGAUCCUUUCCCUGACUCCUCAUGGUACCUGACCACGAGCAUCACCAUGACCACGGACACCAUGACCAGCCCAGAGCACUGCCCGAAGCAGCCACUGAGGAGCCAUGUCCUCACUGAGCAGUCUGGGGUACGCGUGUUGCAUAGCCCACCUGCUGUGCGCAGGGUCGACAGCAUUGUGACAGCGGGCGGCGAUGGCCCCUUUCCCACAAGCAGAGCCAGAGGGAGCCUGGGAGAUGCCAAGGGGGUCCCUCCAGAACCCAUGCUGGGCAGGUGGCCUUGUGCAACCUCCAGGCACCCCCGAGAUUAUAUGGAGGGGACACGGCAUCCCCUCGAGAGCCCCCUCUGCACCUCCCUGGGGUUCGCCUCCCCACUGCACAGCCUGGAGAUGUCCAAGAACAUGAGUGAUGACAUGAAGGAAGUUGCCUUCUCUGUCAGGAAUGCCAUCUGCUCUGGGCCUGGUGAGCUGCAAGUCAAGGACAUGGCCUGCCAGACCAACGGGUCCCGGACAAUGGGGACGCAGACUGUCCAGACCAUCAGUGUGGGCCUGCAGACCGAAGCCCUACGGGGCAGUGGCAUCACCAGCAGCCCCCACAAGUGUCUCACGCCAAAGGCUGGGGGUGGCACCACACCCGUGUCAUCUCCUUCCCGAAGCCUUAGGAACAGACAGGUGGCCCCUGCCAUAGAGAAGGUGCAGGCCAAGUUUGAACGCACAUGCUGCUCCCCCAAGUAUGGGUCUCCCAAGCUGCAAAGGAAGCCCCUCCCCAAAGCUGACCAGCCAAAUAACAGGACCUCAACAGGGAUGGCCCAGAAAGGGUACAGCGAGUCAGCCUGGGCCCGCUCCACUACCACCAGGGAGAGCCCCGUGCACACCACCAUCAAUGAUGGCCUCUCCAGCCUCUUCAACAUCAUCGACCACAGCCCUGUGGUGCAGGACCCCUUCCAGAAGGGGAUGCGGGCUGGCAGCCGGUCUCGUUCAGCAGAACCCCGCCCGGAGUUGGGCCCAGGCCAGGAAACGGGCACCAGCUCUCGAGGACGGUCGCCCAGCCCCAUUGGGGUGGGCUCAGAGACGUGCAGGGAGGAAGGGGGAGAAGGCACGCCAGUGAGGCAGGACUUAUCUGCUCCCCCUGGCUACACACUCGCUGAGAAUGUGGCCCGGAUCCUCAACAAGAAACUGUUGGAGCAUGCCUUAAAGGAGGAGAGGAGGCAAGCCGCCCACGGUCCCUCAGGUCUCCACAGUGACAGUCAUUCACUGGGGGACACAGCUGAGCCAGGGUCCAUGGAGAACCAAACUGUCUUACUAACUGCCCCCUGGGGACUCUAGCCCUGCCUGCCUCACGCUGAACUACCUUGUUCUGCACUAGCUCCAUCCUUAGAGCCCUGCUUCUCCAGGCCCGAGAGACCAGCAAACCGUCGCCCUCCAUCCCGUUGGGCUCCACAGUCCCCCACUGCCUCACAGCCUCAGUCACCUGGAGACCCAGCAUCCUUGGAGGAGCAUGGUGAUGAGGAGCCAACAGAGGAGAAGCCACACCCAUGAUGCAAGCUUGCAUGGAUUAUCGCAGAAUAAUUCACUGUAAUUUGCAUAACCACACCAUCAUCACAAACCAAACUCUGCCUAAAAGGAGAGAUCUAGUUUUCUCAAGGUCAAAGAAUGUUUUUAAAAAACACACAGCUGCUGAAUGUUCAACCUGUGAAACUGAGAUGUUUCUAGAAUGAAACAGUAAACGUGCCUGUAAUAACUUAAUUUUUUCAUAGCUCAGAAAACUAUUUUUGUCUCCAUCUUUUUUACACACGGUAUAUUAAACAAAAAGGUAAAUAAGGUAUAAAUAGAUUUAAAAUUAAAAGUUUUAAAAAUGUACAUUUUAAGAGAUUCUGAACACCCUUACUCUCAAUACCUGACUGCCUCUGUUAAAUUUGCACUGUUUCAUUUUGGUUUGGUUUUUUUUCCAUGUUGAAUUCGAGUGUGUUCAGUUAACUCUGUCAGUGUUACUAUUUUUAAAGAAUUUUUAAAAAUGCUUCAGACUGUCUGAUUCAGUGAACUUUUUGUAGUGAAAAAGCCAUGAAGCCAGUAGACAAGACAGAUAUUCUGUAAACUGGAGGGGAUACAGAACAGCAUCUUGGAAGGUACAGAGUCCUCAGAUGGGCUUAGAAAAUUUGCCGUAUAAUCCACAUAUUAUCCUAUUCAACUUGCACGUGUUCAGGUGCAUGUACAUACUGCUACUGUGUCCUCACUAUCACCUAAAUGUGACUCAGUCUGUUCCACUGUAAUACGUUGUGAAUUUCCUUGUACUGUACUUUUAUUGUUGGACUUCUUGCAUUGAUGAUACAACAGCACCAACAUUUUUAAAUUAUUGUUAAAAGAUUAACUGGCAACAUACAGAGUUUACUCAAAAUUUUCUUGUUUAAGGAAAAACACUACAAAAAGUCUUGAGGAUACCAAAUUGAAACAAAUGACAGUACUCUGAGUCUGUAUGAGACCAUAAUGAAGUAAAAAUAAUAAAGCCUUUCCGAGAUGGCA